UACCAUUUUCAAUUAGGUCCCUCAAAGUUCUGGAACCCUGGCUCCUGCCCAGAGUGAUGUCCUACCAUAUACAAUGCUGUUGGCAUCUCAACCACUGUGGAGCCACUUCAGGAGCAUGGAAUUGGUCAAUUGGGAAUUGGGUGGUAAUAGGAUGAGUACAUUCUGUCUGUUUGUUGCAUAGCACUGUUUUGUGUAGUUCUUUCGUUUAUAUUCUUUGUCUUUGGGGGAUACACCCUGGCCAAACCGUGCCAUGUGUUAGGGGAAGAAAACCUCUUUUGACAGCAUAUUCCUGCUCUGUGGUGGUUGUGAUAUCACCAGCAUAUGGCGUGCUGGCAUCUCUGAAAAGGGGCCAGAGGUCUGAGUCUUAGGAGAAAUGUUCAGAUACAGACAAGAGCCAAACCUGGUCUUUGAGUAACAUUUUGCACAUCUACACAUGUCAUUUACACUCAUCAGACCAUUGUGCAAUUUUCCUUUGGGGGGGAAUCAAACUUGAAAAUUUUCUUAAUGCUUAUUGUUUAUCCCUAAUGAGAAUUAAGUGAAAAUUAUAUAUUAGUGGCAUGGGGAGACACUGUCAACAUUGGAUAUUUGAGUGAGAAAGUUAUUCCUAGUGUAACCUCCAUUGUGUUUUAUUCUUUUCUAGACAAGUUGGCAUCAGGAAUGGAAUGUUUUUUGGGCAAGCUAAACAACUUUGUCCCAACCUUCAAGCUGUUCCAUAUGAUUUUCAUGCAUAUAAGGAAGUUGCGCGAAUAAUGUAUGAAACGCUGGCAAGCUACACACAUAACAUCGAAGCUGUCAGUUGUGAUGAAGCACUGGUAGAUAUCACUGAGAUCCUUGCAGAGACCAGACUUACUCCUGAUGAAUUUGCAAAUGCUGUCCGCAUGGAAAUCAAAGACCAGACGAAAUGUGCGGCCUCUGUUGGAAUUGGUUCUAAUAUUCUCCUUGCUAGAAUGGCAACUAGAAAAGCAAAACCAGAUGGCCAGUAUCACUUAAAACCAGAAGAAGUUGAUGAUUUUAUCAGAGGUCAGCUAGUUAGUAAUCUGCCAGGAGUUGGACGUUCGAUGGAAUCCAAGUUGACCUCUUUGGGAAUUAAAACUUGUGGAGACUUGCAAUAUAUGACAAUGGCAAAACUCCAAAAAGAAUUUGGUCCCAAAACAGGUCAGAUGCUUUAUAGGUUCUGCCGUGGUUUGGAUGAUAGACCAGUUCGAACUGAAAAGGAAAGAAAAUCUAUUUCAGCUGAGAUCAACUAUGGAAUAAGGUUUACCCAGCCAAAAGAAGCGGAAGCUUUUCUUCUGAAUCUUUCAGAAGAAAUUCAGCGACGACUUGAGGCUGCCGGCGUGAAGGGUAAACGCCUGACGCUCAAAGUCAUGGUGCGAAAGCCUGGGGCCCCAGUCGAAACUGCGAAAUUCGGAGGCCAUGGGAUUUGUGAUAACAUCGCCAGGACUGUAACUCUUGACCAGGCAACAGACAGUGCAAAGAUAAUUGGAAAAGCUACACUAAACAUGUUUCAUACAAUGAAACUAAAUAUAUCGGAUAUGAGAGGGGUUGGGAUUCAGGUCAAUCAGUUGGUUCCGACCAAUCCAAACCCUUCCACAUGCCCCGGUCGCCCAUCAGUUCAGUCAAGCCACUUUCCUGGUGGGUCACACUCUGUCCUGGAUCUCUUCCAAGUUCAGAAAGCUAAGAAAUCCACAGAAGAGGAGCACAAGGAAGUAUUUCUGGCUGCUAUGGAUCUGGAAAUAUCCUCUGCCUCUAGAAACUGCACUUUCUUGCCAUCUUUUUCUACGCAUCUGACAUCAAGUGUCAAUCCUGCUACUAGCAAAGCUGAGUCUUCAGGGAAAUGGAAUGGUCUACAUUCUCCCAUCAGCUUAAAAUCAAGACUUAACCUGAGUAUAGAGGUUCCGUCACCCUCCCAGCUCGAUCAGUCUGUUUUAGAAGCACUUCCACCUGAUCUCCGGGAACAAGUAGAGCAGGUUUGUGCUGGUCAGCAAGGAGAGCUGCAUGGCGACAGAAAGAAAGAGCCAGUAAAUGGCUGUAAUACAGGAAUUUUGCCACAACCAGUUGGGACGGUUUUGUUACAAAUACCAGAACCUCAAGAAUCUAACAGUGACACAGGAAUUAAUGUUAUAGCCCUUCCAGCAUUUUCACAGGUGGACCCUGAGGUGUUUGCUGCCCUUCCUGCCGAGCUUCAGAAGGAGCUGAAGGCAGCAUAUGAUCAGAGGCAAAGGCAGGGAGAGAACUGCGCUCACCAGCAGUCGGCCGCUGUGUCAGUGCCAAAGAAUCUGUUACGUCAGCUAAAACCAGCAGCAGUGAAAGAAAAGAAACGGAACAAGAAAAAAAAUCCCACCAGUCCCCCGAAAAAGAUUCAGAGUCCUGUGAAAAACAAGUUGCUUCACAGUCCUGUGAAAACUCUGCCCGGGGCCUGCGGGAGUCCCCAGAAGUUAAUCGAUGGGUUUCUAAAACAUGAAGGUCCUGCUUCUGAGAAAGCUCUGGGAGACCUCUCUGCUUCCACUUCAGGUGUGCCAGGCCUUUCCGGGUCGCAGCCUGGGCCGGCUGGCUGCACAAGACCCCCGGCACCCAACCUAGCAGGAGCUGUUGAAUUCAGUGAUGUGAAGACCUUGCUCAAAGAAUGGAUAACUACCAUUUCAGAUCCAAUGGAAGAAGACAUCCUGCAAGUUGUGAAAUACUGUACUGAUCUAAUAGAGGAAAAAGAUUUGGAAAAACUGGACCUAGUUAUAAAAUACAUGAAAAGGUUGAUGCAGCAGUCGGUGGAAUCGGUUUGGAACAUGGCAUUUGACUUUAUUCUUGACAAUGUUCAGGUGGUUUUACAACAAACUUACGGAAGCACAUUAAAAGUUACAUAAACCCCACCAGGGAGCCUGGUGCUCUCUGCUAGCUGUGCCAUAAGUGCUUGUGAGGUAUUGGCAAAGUGCAUGAUAGUAAUGCUUGGAGUUUUUAUAAUUUUCAAUUUCUUUUUAAGCAAGUGUUUUGUACAUUUCUUUUCAAUAAGUGCCAAAUUUGUCAGUAUUGCAUGUAAAUAAUUGUGUUCUUUUACUGUAGUAUAGAUUCUAUUUACAAAAUGUUUGUUUAUAAAGUUUUAUGGAUUUUUACAGUGAAGUGUUUACAGUUGUUUAAUAAAGAACUGUAUGUAUAUUUUGUA